AUGGACUCACGCGAUGACUUCUCCUACACGAAGCUUCCGAAGCUCAGCGCCGACGGCGGCAACUGGGUUCUCUGGAAGGCGGAAGUCACAUCAGCCAUCCGAAGCAAGGGAUUACUGCGCUUCCUUGACGGCCGUGCUAAACCCCCUGUCAAACCUACCCCACCCGGC